AUGAUUGUACCACAGUUUCUAUCUGCUCUCAUUUUUGCACUUCUGCUGGUUGAAGAGAGUGGAGCCUGGUCUUACAGUGCCUCCACAGAAAACAUGACUUACGAUGAGGCGAGUGCGUACUGUCAGCAAAGGUACACACAUCUGGUAGCAAUUCAAAACAGGGAAGAGAUCGAGUACCUGAACUCCAUAUUGAGCUAUUCACCAAGCUACUACUGGAUAGGAAUCAGAAAGGUCAACGGAGUGUGGACCUGGGUAGGGACCCAGAAGCCCCUCACCAAAGAAGCUGAGAACUGGGCUCCACAUGAACCAAACAACAAACAAAACAACGAGGACUGUGUGGAGAUCUAUAUCAAGAGAGAAAAGGACAUGGGCAUGUGGAAUGAUGAGAGAUGCAGCAAAAAGAAGCUUGCCUUGUGCUAUACAGCUGCCUGUACCAAUACAUCCUGCAGCGGCCACGGGGAAUGCGUGGAGACCAUCAAUAACUAUACUUGCCGGUGCUACCCAGGCUUCAGCGGACUCAAGUGUGAGCAAGUUGUGACCUGUAAUGCACGGAAAGACCCUGAGCACGGAAGCCUGGUUUGCACCCAUCCUUUCGGGGACUUCAGCUACAAUUCUUCCUGCUCUGUCAGCUGUGAAAAGGGCUACGUCCCAAGCAGCCCCGAGGCCAUGCAGUGCACUUCCUCUGGGGAAUGGAGCGCUCCUAAUCCAGUCUGCAAUGUGGUUGAGUGUGAUGCUUUGACAAGUCCUGCCAGUGGAUCUGUGGAAUGUUCCUCAAGCCCUGGAAACUUCCCAUGGAACACAACCUGUGCAUUUGACUGUGAGGAAGGAUUUGAACUAGUGGGAGCCAGGAGUCUCCAGUGUACCUCAUCUGGAAAGUGGGACAAUGAGAGGCCAACGUGUAAAGCUGUGACGUGUGAUGCUGUCAGCCAGCUUCAGAAUGGCUCUGUGAGCUGCAGCUACUCCCCUGCUGGGGAGCUCACCUUCAAGUCAUCUUGCGACUUCACCUGCGAGGAAGGCUUCAUGCUGCAGGGACCAGCCCACAUUGAAUGCACUGCACAAGGGCAGUGGACACAGCAGAUCCCGGCUUGUGAAGCUUUCCAGUGUAAAGCCUUGUCCAGUCCAGAGAACGGCUACAUGAAUUGUCUUCCUAGUGCUUCUGGAAGUUUCCAAAGUGGGUCCAGCUGUGAGUUCUCCUGUGAGCAGGGAUUUGUGCUGAAGGGAUCUCAAAGGCUCCAGUGUGGCCCCUCAGGGGAGUGGGACAGCAAGAAGCCCACAUGCGAAGCUGUGAAAUGUGAUGCUGUCAGCCAGCCCCAGAGUGGUUCAGUGAGGUGUACCCAUUCCUCUGCUGGCAAAUUCACCUACAAGUCCUCCUGUGACUUCAGUUGUGAGGAAGGCUUUGAAUUACAUGGAUCAGCUCAACUUGAGUGCACAGCUCAGGGACAAUGGACACAGGAGGUCCCCUCUUGCCAAGUGGUAAAAUGUCCAAACCUGGCAGUUGCCGGGAAGGUCAACAUGAGCUGCAGUGGGGAGCCUGUGUUUGGCACCAUGUGUACGUUUGCGUGUCCUGAAGGAUGGAUGCUCAACGGUUCUGAAGUUCUGACCUGUGGCACCACAGGACACUGGUCUGGGAUGCUGCCCACCUGUGAAGCCCCCCUCGAGUCCAACAUUCCCUUGGCAGUUGGACUUUCUGCUGCUGGAACUUCCUUCCUGGCAUUAGCGUCAUUUCUCUUCUGGCUUCUGAAACGCCUUCGGAAGAAAGCAAAGAAAUUUGUCCCUUCCAGCAGCUGUCAGAGCCUUGAGUCAGAUGGAACCUACCAUUUUCCUUCUGAGUUGAUUUGAGUACAAAGGAAUCAGGUAAGAGUUGAUAAUCACAUAUUACUAUAGUGAUGUCCUCUCUACAUGCUUUAUUGCUU